UUCCCACCCACCCCUCCCGCCCGCCCCCAAAUCUCUUUUCUUUUUUAGCGAUCGCCCAACUUUCUCUUUCGUUGCUUUCGAAGAAGACAAGCAUCUCUCUCUCUCUCUCUCUCUCUCUCUCUGAGCUAAAUAGACGCAGAGAAAGAUAUUCUCUGCCCAUAGCCUUUUAUUAUGCUUUCUUCCUCAUUUCUCUGUUACCAAUUUUUGCGGGCUCUUUCUUCUUCUUCUUCUUCUCCUCAUCUUCCUUUCUUCAUUUCCUUUCUAAUUUUCCUUUUCGUCUCGUCCAAAUUUGGACAAAAUUGACGCCCUUGGUUUCUACAUUCAUGGCUUCUUCGGGGGUGAAUCGUUUCAAUCAGCCUUGCGUCCACGAUACCGAAAGAAAGUCUCGCUUCAUGAAAUGGAUCGGCAAGUUCUUUAAAGUUGGGUCAGAUCGUGGAGAAAUGAGUAGACAUCAUCGUCCACAGCUUCUCGGGGAUGAAAACAUGGUGUCCUCUGCUCCAGCGAAAUCUACGGAUGACAGACCCAGAACCAGAACGGAAAAUGAUGAAUUGGGCCGUCCAGUCGCAGUUGCUCUGACUGAUGAUUUAAAGAAUCCAAAUGGAUACAGAAGCCGCAGAGACAAUAGAGCACCUAAAGAAGGAUUGCCUGAAUAUCCUCCUUACAGUCCUCCACAGUAUUUCCCUGGAGGAUAUAGAUUUUGUGGUGGCUGUAAUCGCCAAAUAGGCUGUGCAAAUUAUUUAGGAUGUGAUGGAGCCUUUUGGCACCCAGAAUGUUUCCGUUGUUAUGCUUGCCGUCACCCAAUCACUGAGCAUGAGUUUUCCUUAUCAGGUAGGAAUCCAUACCACAAGUCCUGUUUCAAACAGUUGCACCAUCCCAAAUGUGAAGUUUGCCAUAAUUAUAUCCCUAUAAAUGGAGCUGGUUUAAUUGAGUAUAGAUCUCAUCCAUUUUGGUGUCAAAAAUAUUGUCCUCAACAUGAAUAUGAUAAUACUGCUCGUUGUUGUAGUUGUGAACGGCUGGAGUCAUGGAAGGCAAGAUACAUUUCUUUGGGUGAUGGACGGAGUCUAUGUUUCGAGUGUAUGGAGUCUGCUAUCAUGGACACCGGUGACUGCCAACCCCUUUACCAUUCCAUCAGAGACUACUAUGAAGGAAUGAAUAUGAAACUAGAUCAACAGAUUCCCAUGCUGCUGGUUGAAAGACAAGCCCUCAAUGAAGCUAUUGAAGGGGAGAAAAAUGGCCACCAGCAAAUGCCUGAGACAAGGGGUUUAUGUCUAUCUGAAGAGCAGACUGUUAGCGCUAUACAUCAAAGGCCAAGAAUUGGGGGCAACCGGCUUAUAGGCAUGAAAAAAUAUUCUCAAAAACUGACUCGAAAAUGUGAGGUUACAGCCAUCCUUGUUCUUUAUGGCCUCCCAAGAUUAUUAACAGGUUCUAUCCUUGCACAUGAAUUGAUGCAUGGAUGGUUACGCCUCAAAGGGUACUGCAAUCUAAUCCCUGAGGUGGAAGAAGGCAUCUGUCAGGUUCUCUCUCACAUGUGGCUUGAGUCAGAGGUCAUGCCUGGAUCUAGAGGCAUGCCAUCUACAUCAACAGCUCCAUCAUCUUCUUCAUCUAAAAAAGGUAGAAAAUCUGAUGUUGAGAAUAAACUGGGUGAAUUCUUCAUGCACCAGAUUGCUCAAGACACCUCAACAGCCUAUGGUGAAGGAUUCAGAGCUGCCAAUGCUGCCGUAAAUAGAUAUGGCUUACGUCGUACCCUGGACCACAUUCGUCUGACAGGAAAUGUUCCUUUGUAAUUGUUAUAGCUGAGACUAGUCAUCCACGGAAGAUCCUCUGGUUCCAUCCUUGCAAUAGUUUUACUGCUUUUCCCCUUGGAAGGAUUGAGCUGAUCAGGGAACCUUGGAUCAGCUCCCCCUAAGUUUUUGUGGGGUUCUUCAGGGUUGGUUAUUUGUUGAAUAUGCAUGCAUCAAUCAUUUCAGAGAUUGAAUUUUCAUCUUCUGUAAAUAAUGAUCGAACAUAUUGAAUAGAGAUGACUCACAGAUUCUCAUCAAACUGGACUGAAACCAAGGCUCCCCAAAAUAUAUAAACUUUUCAGUCUCCAUGCUUCCUAGUAAAGUGGUUCCAGUUGCUGCU